AUGAGCAAAAGUUUAGGAACUCCGAUAAAAUUAGUUGUUAUAGGGGAUGGCACAGUGGGCAAGACGUGUGCCCUUUUGACGUACUCUAAGAAAUUUAAUUAAGUUACACUACUGGCAAAUUCCCUGAGGACUACAUCCCCACCAUCUUCGAGAAUUAUAGUGCAUCCAUCACCAUUGAUGGCAAGAAGGUCAAUUUAGGUUUGUGGGACACUGCAGGUUAGGAGGAUUUUAAAUAAAUUCGACCUUUGAGUUAUCCCAAUACAGAUGUAUUUCUAUUGUUUUUUGCUGUCAAUGAAUAAUCAUCCUAUAUAAAUGCCUAACAGAAAGUAAAUAUAGUUUAAUAUGCACUUCAAGUGGUAUCCUGAAUUGAGAACAGCCUUAAAUAAUGUGCCUAUUAUUAUUGUUGGCAGUAAAAUUGAUUUGAGACAGAACGAUAACAAAUGCGUGCAAAGAGAAUCAGUAUACAUAUUAUUAUUAUACAAUCCAAGGCCAAAAGAAUGGCAGACUAAUUGGGGUGUCAAUAUUUGGAAUGCUCGGCAAAGGAUAAAAUAGGGCUGAACGAAUUAUUUGAGGAGGCUGUCAGAACUGCAUUGAGAUCGAAGAAGCCAAAUCGAGCUUAGGAAGAGAAUAAAUAAAAUAAGGACAAGAGUUGUCAAUUAAUCUGA